CCGAGCCAGCACCAUGUUCCAGAGAAAACGCAGCGUCUCCUUCGGCGGCUACGGCUGGAUCGACAAGACGAUGCUCGCCAGCCUGAAGAUCAAGAAACAGGAGCUGCUGAACAGCACGGAUGUGACCGUCCCGGAGCGGCCGCUGUCCCCCCCUCUCACCGCCCCGCCGACCAUGAAGUCUGCAGAAUUCUUCGAAAUGCUGGAAAAAAUGCAGGCACCAAAACUUGAGGAACAGAGAACUGGAAGCCAAAAACAUAAGGAAGACUACAUCCCGUACCCCAGCAUCGAUGAGAUCCUAGAGAAGGGCAGCCCGUACCCGCUGAUCAUCCUGCCCCAGUUCGGGGGAUACUGGAUCGAAGACCCGGAAAACCUCGGUACGCCCACCUCGUCCGACAGCAGCAUCUGCGAGGAGGAGGAGGAGAACCUCAGCCCCAGCACCUACGGCUACAAGCUGGAGUGCAAAGGAGAGGCCAGAGCCUACAGGAAGCAUUUUCUGGGGAAGGAUCACUUAAAUUUUUAUUGUACAGCCAGCAGCCUUGGGAAUCUGAUCCUUUCUAUUAAGUGUGAGGAGGCAGAUGGCACUGAAUAUUUAAGGAUUAUACUCAGGUCCAAAGUGAAGACGUUGCAUGAAAGGAUCCCCCUGGCAGGAUUUAGCAAGCUCCCUAGUAUCCCCCAGAUUGCAAAGGCCUUCUGCGACGAUGCCUCCGGGCUGAAGUUUAACCCGGUUCUGUACCCCAAGGCAUCCCAGAUGAUAGUGUCUUAUGAUGAACAUGAGGUCAACAACACGUUCAAGUUUGGUGUGAUCUAUCAGAAGUUCAGGCAGACCCAAGAGGAGGAGUUGUUUGGCAAUAAUGAAGAGAGCACUGCCUUCAAGAACUUCCUAAGUUUUCUGGGAGACACCAUAACACUCCAGGACUUCAAAGGUUUUCGAGGAGGUCUGGAUGUCAGCCACGGCCAGACGGGAGCAGAGUCUGUGUACACGGUGUUCAGGGACAGGGAGAUAAUGUUUCAUGUCUCUACAAAGCUGCCUUUUACCGAAGGAGACACACAACAACUCCAGAGGAAGAGGCACAUUGGCAACGACAUUGUGGCAAUUAUCUUCCAAGAAGAGAACACGCCUUUUGUCCCAGACAUGAUCGCCUCCAACUUCUUGCACGCCUACAUUGUCGUGCAGGUGGAAAACCCCGAGGCAGAUAACACGACAUACAAGGUGUCGGUCACGGCCCGGGAAGAUGUCCCCUCCUUCGGGCCGCCCCUUCCGAGCCCGCCAGUAUUCCAGAAGAGCCCCGAGUUCCGGGAGUUCCUGCUGACCAAGCUCAUCAAUGCUGAAAACGCCUGCUGCAAGUCCGACAAGUUUGCGAAGCUGGAGGACCGGACACGGGCUGCCUUGUUGGACAACCUUCACGACGAGCUCCACGGGCACACGCAGACCAUGCUGGGGCUGGGGCCGGAGGAGGACAAGCUGGAGAACGGGGGUCACGGAGGCUUUCUGGAGUCUUUCAAGAGAGCCAUCCGGGUGCGCAGCCACUCCAUGGAGACGAUGGUGGGCAGCCAGAAGAAGCACCACGGUGGCGGCAUCCCGGGCAGCCUCAGCGGGGGCAUCGCGCACAACAGCGGUGAGGUGACCAAGACCACCUUCUCGCCCCCCGUACCAGCGGCUGCUGCCAAGAACCAGUCCAGGAGCCCCAUCAAGCGCCGUUCAGGGCUGUUCCCUCGCCUGCACACGGGCUCUGAGAGCCAGGCAGAGAGCAGGACAAGGUGCGACAGUGUUUCUGGAGCCCAGAAGACACCAGAUUUGGGACAUUCUUCCCAAGAAAUGAAAUCUGAAACCUCAUCCAACCCAAGCUCCCCUGAAAUAUGCCCCAACAAAGACAGGCCGUUUAUUAAGCUGAAAGAGAACGGGAGGUCGAACAUCUCCCGUUCCUCCUCGAGCACCAGCAGCUUCAGCAGCACGGCAGGGGAGAGCGAGACCCUGGAGGAGUACGACAGCGUGGGAAGCCAGCCGUCUACAGCAUCGCCGUUCAAGCAGGAUGUGUUUGUCUACAGUGCUUCGCCCGGCAGCGAGAGCCCGAGCGUGGGGGCCACGGCCACCCCCGUGAUCAUGAGCAGGAGCCCCACAGAUAUAAAGAACAGAAACUCUCCAAGGUCAAACCUGAAGUUUCGCUUCGACAAGCUCAGCCACGGCAGCUCCAGCACGAGCCACUAGCAGGAAGAAGAAGUCAUGAACUUGUAAAAGAGAAUUUUUGUUUCAACAAAGGGAAAACUCUUCAACAUCCCGUGGGAAAAUGCACGCCCCGGCCGCGGGCAGCGAGGUGCCCUCACGUCCUGGCUGCCGCUCUGCGCGGGGAAGAAGCUCUCACCUUGCUGCGAUCUCUGCCCCAGCAGGGACCCAGCCACCUUCCCACCGGGUGAACCCCUCGCCAGCAAACGCCCCGCACCCCUCCCUCAGCGCCGCAGGAGAAGACGUGUCUCUGACCGCGUGGCACACGCGUC